CAGCCACUCGCAUUUCUCCAGAUUUUAUUAUCCUUAAGGUGACCACGACGUCGAGUUGGUGAUAUGGACCCUGAUGAUCCUAAUUAUGCCAAAAGGUACACCAGCCAAGAAGACAUGCAUUUUGGCAUUAGAGUUUUCUGGGAAUUUGAUACAGCACCUAUAGCUUAUAGAAAUGAAGCUUCUUCCAUAUUUGAUAAAAUUACCGCUUCCCUCAAACAAGCAAAUCCGAGGUAUUUUAUUCGAAUGGUCACCAUUUACGUUGAUUUUAGUGCUUUUCAAGAAGACACGAGUAUCUUUCAGAAAGGGAAUCACAAUUUUGAUCUCAUUGUUGCACAUAUGCCUAAGAGAGAUCCUUACUGUAGAGACCAAGCCUGCAAAGAUGGAAAACCACCUAAAGAUCUCUUAGCCUCCCAUUGUCUCAAACAAGACCUGAACUUUCACACAAUUCACGACGACCCGCCUUUCAAUGUUUUGGUGAUUACAUCCGACCCCGCAUUUGAGGCGACCAUCACAGAGUUGUACCAAAGUGGGUUUGUUAUGCUAUUGGCGUGUGACACUCGUACACUCUCUACGGUGGGUCGACACUGUUAUUAUAAGUGGUAUUGGAAUCAGAUGAGGAUGGGAGCUGCUCCCCUUUUACCAGAUGGAACUUUCUUAGCUUGACGAUUUGUAAUAUUUUUACCUUAUGUUACAGUCUGUGUUUUAUUUUGCUUUAUUUAUGCUUAUAUUUUAUGGCUUAUGUUAUAAAUUUCUGGUUAUUAG